CCCAGGAACACGCUAGCGCGACUCUAGACCGGAAGAAGUUUAAUAGUCAGCAGAUUCAAGAUGGCGGCCCCCUUGUGUCAGUGCUACCAGGUAUGUUUAAAAAGAUACUCUUUGGCAUUCCCCUCAUCGUUCUUGUUCCUGCACAAUGGAGCAAAUGUCUUCAGAAUACGGAGCAUUCUCGCAAGCACUUCUCAGGUGCCCCAGUCUUCAUUUCAACAGGCGAGAUAUUUGUCAGGGGAGAGGGGCGGAGGAAAAAAAGGUUUUCUCGGUGAGUUCCUGGACAACUUGAAGCAAGAGAUGAGCAAAAACAAGGAAAUGAAAGAAAACAUUAAAAAGUUCCGGGAAGAGGCAAAAAAACUAGAGGACUCAGACGCACUGAGGCAAGCGCGCAGGAAAUAUAAAACUAUUGAGUCUGAAACAGUAAAGACUUCUGAAGUUCUCAAAAAGAAGUUGGAGACCCUCUCAGAUACCGUGAAGGAGGGCCUGGAGGAAGUCACUCGUACAGAAAUUGGUAAGAAGAUUAAGGAGGGAAUGGAGGAGGCAGCCAAAACGGCAAAGACUUCAGCAGAGAGCGUCUCAAAGAGUGGAGAGAUGUUGGGAAAGACUGGUGCAUUCAAAGCUAUAUCACAGGGUAUGGAGAGUGUCAAGAAAGAGAUCGGCGAUCUGGGCCACACUGGCCCCUACCGGCCCCCUCCUCGACUCCGGAAGAGGAGCGAAUUCUCCUCGAAGGGGUCGUCAGAUGACAACAGGGUCUUUGAAGCCAACGAGGAAGCAAUGGGUGUGGUGCUCCACAAGGACUCCAAAUGGUACCAACAGUGGAAGGACUUCAAAGACAAUAAUGUGGUCUUCAAUAGGUUCUUUGAAAUGAAGAUGAAGUAUGAUGAGAGUGACAACGCUUUCAUCAGAGCAUCACGGGCCGUCACUGACAAAAUGACCGACCUCAUAGGUGGACUGUUCUCCAAGACGGAAAUGUCCGAGGUACUGACGGAAAUUCUGAAGGCGGACCCGUCUUUUGACAAAGAUUCCUUCCUGAAGCAGUGUGAACAUGACAUCAUCCCUAAUAUUUUGGAGGCAAUGAUCAGAGGCGAGCUGGAUGUGUUGAAAGACUGGUGUUACGAAGCGACAUAUAGUCAGCUAGCACACCCGAUCCAACAAGCGAAGGCCAUGGGAUUUCAGUUUCACUCAAAGAUCCUGGACAUCGACAGCAUUGAUCUGGCCAUGGGAAAGAUGAUGGACCAGGGUCCGGUCUUAAUCAUCACCUUCCAAGCUCAGUUAGUGAUGGUAGUACGAAAUACCAAAGGAGAAGUGGUGGAAGGUGACCCUGAUAAAGUUCUGAGGAUGAUGUACGUGUGGGCUCUCUGUCGAGACCAAGAGGAGCUCAAUCCACAUGCUGCCUGGAGACUACUUGACAUCUCUGCCUCAAGCACUGAACAGAUCCUUUAAGACUCUUUGAUACCCGCAGAAGCAACACUCACUCACCCGCGGAGAGAACAUCCUCAACCUGAACACCGUGUAAUCAGAUGGGGAGGAAACAGAGAGUCAGCUCGCUGCAGAAAAUGUUUCUGCUCCAUUAUGGUGGCUUUUUUUAUGUCUCACACAAGGGGGCGGUAGAGCACCAACCCCGCUAAUCUAUUCGAACCAUGCAUGUAAGGUGCUGGACAUCCACCCCCUCGCUUCAAAAGAUUUUUUUUUUAGGUCCAGAUGGCAAAAUAUUUGGAAAAUUAUACAAAAGAUUGCAACAAUUUCUCCCCAAUCAUGUUUUCCACAUCUGUAAAUCCCCAUUAUGUCUGGGCAUCUACAACCCCCCAAUCCCGUACUUGUAUGAUAAUCAUCCAGUGUAAUUGUCAAACUGUCAAAAAGUCUGUAUUUAUUGUGAAAAGUAAAAGAUAAACCCCCACCACCACACGGCCACGCGCACGCACGCACACACACACACACACA